UGUUGUUUGCUUAAGAAUCCUACUGCUGCCAAGAAGACGUGCACAGCCACUUCAGGUGUUCGAAGUUGCUGCUGCUCAAGUCUUCAGAACAUGUCAUGGAAAAGCAACCAAUUUAAGAGACAAUUCCACCAUCUAAACGCAUGUAACUCUUUAUUAUCUUCAACGGCUAAGCAACUGGUCCAACGGCUAAGCAACUGGUAUUGUAGCCUGCAUCCAUAAGAGCCAAUUUAUGCUUGAUCCAAAAAUGUGUUCGGAUGUGUAUGGAUGGUGUGAUGCAAUUGCGAAGCCUCCAGAGGCUUCGGAUCAAGCAUAAGUUGGCUCUCACCAUAAAUGCUGCACGGCCUAUGCAGACGCUGGAAUGACCAUGUUGCACAGAAAGUUAAAUAUUGGGCCACACCUUGUAGACAAAUCUUAGAUUGUUGGUCUUCUGAUCUAUAAAUCUUUGAUCUAUAAACCAACAAUAACUGAAAGCAGAUUCUCAAGAUAAAAAAAAAAACUAAACAGUAAUAGUUUAUUCUAAAAUGCAGAACAAGGUGGAAUAGCCAAAGUGACCCCCAAAACGUUGCAAGAAGAAUCGUAACAAUGCACAGCACAGCGCAGGUUUAUUGUUCUUGAACACACCCAAACUGAGUCUGACAGCAAAUAUGGCGACGUCCAUGAGGAGGGCAUUAAUGCCUCAGAAUCGGAUGAGAUUCAGCAAUUUGAAGAAUGCAGAGGCUUCGCUGGAGGUACGGUAUCCCCUGCCCUUUGUUGUCCCGGUAAGGACCAAGAAGCGCUACUUCGUUCCCCCCGCAGUGGGGAUAAAAAAGAAGGCAGCAGCGUCUGCAGAUCAGGAGGCCAAAGCCAGAGCGGCAGGUGUUGUCCUGAGGCAGGAGUACAUGGAGAGAGCCAUCAACAUCGCCUGCACUGCGGGAGUGUUUGACCCCUAUAUUACCCCAGAAGGUGAUGCUCGUCUCUCCAGUCUGUCGAAAGAGAGCCUGAAACGGCGCACAGAGCAGAUCAAACAGGAUGCUGCCUCCCAGCUAGCGAUACGCAAGAUCAAAGAGCAUGAAUCUGAGUUCACCACAAAGGCGUUCCCAGUGAAAGCUCAGGAGAUCUUCGUUGACGCGCACAACGCUCUCACACAGUUUAACAAGGAGAAACUUCACUCCCUUGUGACAGAAAGAUGUUACCCUGAGAUGGUGAGGAGGAACCGCUAUAAGACGCUGCGGUGGCAUUUUGUGGAGUCCUUGGAGCCGCCCAAGGUGGUGCACGCCCGCUGUCCAGACAUGGUCAGCAAAGGCGACAUGUAUGGGCAGGUUACGGUGCGCAUGCACUCCAGACAGACCUUGGCUGUCUACGGCCGCUUCGGCAGACUAAUGAUGGGGAGCGAAGAGGAGCCCAGGGAUGUGCUGGAGUACCUGGUUCUGGAGAGGCACCUCGUCAACCAUUACGGCAUGUGGAGGUUACAUGGCAAGAUAGUACCAGCCUGGGCCCCAGUGGAGGAACCCAUCGUCAAGAAUGUUAUGAUCCCUGGCCCGGAGCUCAAGCCAGGCGAGGAAUUUGAGGGGCUCAACUAUGAAGUGCCCAAGCCUAAGGCUGUGCAGUGGCACAAAUAGACCACAGGUGGGAGCUGUAAUUCUGGGCCAACACGUACAGACUCAAAAUCAACUGUUAAAAUGAACAUUCAAUUUUUUUUAAAGAAAACAUCAUGAAGCUACAUUUAGUUUUCUGCCUUUUUAUAUAAAAAUACACUGUUGUUCGUUACAUCUAAAACUUGUAUAUCUAAAACAAUAAUAAUCCAUAUUGUCCAGAUCGGUACAGAUUGUAUGGUUUAUUUCAAUGGUGAAUAUAUUACAUGUUAAUUUAAAGAAUACAAAAAUAAAAUGUCCCAUCUCUUUUUUCAUA